AUGAGCCAUGAUAUCAAGACUGUUGGCUUAAUCUUUACUAGAAAGAAAAUUGAGCGUUCAGGUUUUAUUGGUCUGGAGGAUUAUGCAAUCAAACGAAACAUUCGUAUUAUCCAUAUUGACCUCUCCAUUCCUAUCGAGAAACAGGGCAAUUUGGACUUGAUUGUGCACAAGAUGACUGAUUUAGUAGCCAAGAUAGAACGUGGCGAUACCGAAGCAGCAAAACUCUACCAACGUUUUAUUACUUACAGUAAAGAACAUCCACAAGUAAUCAUCAUCGACGCUUGGCCAAACAUCGAGAAAGUACUAGAUAGAAUGCUUUUAUACCACCAUACAAAAUUGUGCGCUGCCAAGGAUGUGAUAGGUGGCAAACCGUUAUUUCAUGUUCCCAAGAGCAUCGCCCUGGAUUCUAUAAAAGACUGGAGAAAUGACAUGGAGAUAACUUUUCCGACAAUGUGUAAACGUAGAACAGCCUGUUCCUCAACUGAAGCUCAUCAAAUGACACUUAUACCCUCUGCUCAAGGCAUGUCACAAAUGGAACAAUACGUUAAAGACGAUGCAGUAAUGCUGCAAGAGUUCAUUCAACAUGAUGGAGUUAUAGUGAAGGUGUAUGUGGCAGAUGGACAAAUCAGUGCUUCAACGCGUCCAUCAUUCAAGAAUUUAGAUCAUCAUGGAGAUGUUGUGCAUUUCGAUAGUCAAACGCUUCCAAAGAGCUUUGAGAUCAAAACCGAGCUUUCUCAUGAUCUCGAUAGAGUUUUUCUUAGAUCAGAUCCAACUGACAUUCACCUUUAUAAAGAGUCAGUACUGGACACUUCAAGAUUACAAAAAAUUGCUGAUAGUUUACAUCGUCAGCUGGGUCUGACAUUUUUUGGAUUUGAUGUAUUGUUACAAUCGCACACGAAUGCUUAUUUCGUCGUUGAUGUCAAUUACUUUCCAAGUUUCAAAAAUGUAGAGAAUUUUCAUUCCAUGUUUGUCGACAUUCUGGAGAAAAGACUUACAGUAGCAACAGCACCAGCACCAUUUUCUUGA